AUGUGGAGGUGGCACUCCAACAUCUUGGAAAAAAAAAAGCGGAAAUCACAUUCCGCUAGUCAGUUGCUCAUAGCCCUCGUGGAGCCGGCGCACGCAAAGGGGAAGUUCAUCACCUGCACACACAUACAACCGCGUUUGUACUUGUGUAUCUCUGCCUGCUUGUGUGCAUCUGUGCGCUUCCGUGGGGGUGGAGAAUCGAUAAUUGCAACACUAAUGACAAACCUGCGGGGGCGGCCGUUCGUUUGUCUUUUAGUACUUAUGCAUGCGUCGCGAGUAUGUUAG